AUGCAGUAAUUGAUUGAAUAUCAUUAGAGUCAAUCAAAUUACUCUGUAUAGUUCUACUUUUGAAAGAAUUGAAUUAGAUUUAGGUGAAUUGGUUUAAGGUGAAAAUGUUGAGUAUUCCAUGAAUGGGAUUUACGAUAAUUUUAAUAUUGUACAAAUUAUGAAUCCCAUAACAUCAGAUUACACAACUGAAGAUUUGAGUAUGAGUUAAAUUAAGAAUUAGCAAAUUUAACCUUUAUUGAUAUGCACACAAUGAAGAAUAGAUUUUAUCAUGUAGAAUCAAGAGCAUUACUUUUAAAGAAACAUACAAUAUAUUAAAUACGCUAUCCAUCAAUUAAAACUGUAUUUUAUUCAACAUUUCAGAAAUGCUAAUUUGUUAGAAUUAUUCGAGAGAAUGUCAUUCUAUUGGUUGAUGGAACUAAAUUAUGGAUAGCAAGAACAAAUUAAGAAUUUAAUAUUGACGCAUAGAUUUUGGAUGUCGAGGUUGAAAAUGGUUUCAUUUUAGUAAGUACAUAAAACAAAGUUAUUAUUUUAUAUUAUGAUUAUUCCCUUAAAGAUACAGGAACCAUCAUAGAUUAAAGUCUAUUAAAUAACUUACUGAAAACAAAUGGAACUUAUUCAUUCAUUUAAACAAAAUAUGCUUUGAAUGAUCUAUUAAUAUUGGAUUAAAAAAGAGGACUCAUUAGUUUGAAAGUCAAAUCAAUAAAUUAAUUUGAAUUUGAUUAAAUUUAUAGUUCAUCAUAAGAUGCUUAUUACUCUUCUUUUUGUAUUUUAAAAGAUACAAAUACUUAUUAAAUGGCUAUAGCAUAUAAUACUAAUGAUUUGAUGGUAAUUAAUAAAAAUGCAAAAUAUAAUCAAACUUGGACGCUCUAAGAUUUAAGUCUAAUCAAAAUUAAAAUGGAAUUUAUUGGAGAAUAUGAUAGAAAGUAAUAUCUUUGCCUUUACAAUUCAACUUUACUAAUAAUUCAUUAGAUCAAUCCUACAAUCAAAAUAAAAACUAUUAUAUUUGAUGAUCCUUCAAUAAUCACAUUUAAUGUUUUCAAAACAUAAAUCUAUGUUGUUCAAUAAAAUUAGUAAUAAUCCUUUUUUAUUUCAAAUGGAUACCUAAUUAUGCAAUUUAACAAUAAAGCUAAUUAUGAAAUGCAAAAAUUAUUAUUAAUUGCUACCGAAUUAAAUUAAUGUGCAGUGAAUAUUAAUUAUAUAAUCUAUGAUUAUCUAGAUAACAAACUAUAUCCGAAGAUAAAUUUAUAACAUCAAAUUAAAUAAUUAAUAAAUUAUCCGACAGAUCCUUAAGUACCUAUUUUUAAGGAAAUAGGAGUUUCUGGUUCAAAUAUCAAAGCUCAAAUUGAAUUAUAAGAUGAAAGUAUUUCUUUAUAACUUGGAUAUAUGGAAGAUAUCAAAAUUAGAGGAAUUGUUUGGUCUGAAUCAAAUGAUUAAUCUAAUGAUUCUGUUUAUGUUGAUAUACUUGAAGUAGAAUAAAAUGUUUACAUCUUGGUUCAAUCUAAAAAACUCAAAGUCAUUUUAUAUCAAUGUUCAAUUAGCAAUACUUAUAAUGAAUUUAAUUGUUAGAAGGUUCAUUAAUUUUAUCCAAAUAGAAUUUUAAGUAAAGAUUCUUUUUAAUGGGUUUAUGAAAACUUUCUCAUUUUUGGUUAUAUAUCUAAAUUUUCACAUACUCUAGAACUUUAUAAAUUGAAUCAAUCUAUUGUUAAAUCAAUGUUUACAAUAAGUACAAGUUUAAAAGAUGAUAUUUCAGAAAUAACUUCAUUUACACUAUCAAAGACUCAUGUUUUUGUUGUUUAAUAAAGAAAAUAAUAAAUUGAUAUCAUUUCAUUAUUUACAGAAUAAAUUAUUGAUACUAUUACAACAUUCGAUAUUCCUUUCUUCUAAUUUAAUCCUAAAUCAGUUUAGAUUUAAUAAAAUUUAUUAUUAAUAACUGGGGAGUAGAAUAUCUAUAUAGGAUAUUUCUUAAAUUCUUUUAAAUUAAUGGAUUGUAUUCAAUUCAUUAAUAGUGAAUAGUUAGCAGUUGGAUUGACUGAUGAAACCUUCUUUGUUGCUGUCGAUUAUGGUUACAAAUAGGAAAUUAGAGAAUAUAGUACAAAAAUGUAAUAAAUAAAUCUUUUAAAAAUAAUACCUUUAUUUCAUUAUGUAUUACACAAACCCUUUGAAAUACUGUCUAAAAUGAAUUUAAUAAUUAUAAAAGCAUAUACUCCAGUUUUAUAAUAGACAGUGUUAUUAAUAUAUUAACCUUAGGUUGAAUUAAGAGAUUGUUUAUUAACUAGUGCACCUUUGGGAUGGUAUGCAGAAAAAGAAUUAAAUUUAGGUAUUACAGCAUUUCAUUAGUCAGGAUUAUUAAUUCAUGCAGGUUCAUAGAAUUAAAUUAAGAAUUUUUAUGUUGCUAAGGAUUUUCAAGCUAUAAUUACAUCUAAAUUUGAUUCUAAAUACUUACAUAGAAAAGAAUUAAAGAUAUCUUAUCUUACAAUAGAUUCUCCAGGAAAAAUAGAAUAAGUAUAGAAUGUAAUUUUUCUAAAUUUGAUGACAAAUAUUGAAGCAGUUUAAGUUAGUGAUAAAUUAUAUUUAGAAUCAAAGAAUGUGUAAAUUCCAAAUAAUUGGUUUAAUGGAUUGGUGAUUGAUUACAAGAUAGAAUGUUAAUAAUGCAAUGAUUAAAUUGUCUUAACAUAGAAAGUUCAUUAGAUAUCAAAUGUUCAUCAUUAUGAUGAUAUUUUAAGUGAAUGUUAAUUAGAAGAAAAUCUAUCAGUAAUUCUAACUAAAAAUAGUUUGAUAUUUUUAGAUCAAUAACAUUACGUAAAAUAUUAACGUUUUUAUUUUAUUUUGGAUUAAACUUAUACUCCUCAAAAUAUUUGGUGUAAAAAUGAUACAAUUCUUAUAACUGGUACAACUCAAAUGUUUUGGCGAUCCUUUAUUGCUUUUGUAAUAAGAGAAGAUAAAGCUUAAUUUAGAUUAGUUGAUAAUCCAAUAAUUAUUAGAAUAUUAAGAAAGAUAACGCAGAUAGAGAUUUUAGAUUAUUAUAAUAUUAUUUUAUUAGAUGCAAAUGAAUAGGAUGAAUAAACUAGUUUAUGUUCUUGGAAAAUGAAUUAUUCUCCUCCGAAUUUUUUAAGUUUUUCUAAGAUGUCUUGUGUAGAUAAAUCAAAAUAACCAAAUUUUACAGUAAGAAGUUUUAUUACAUAUUAAUUUGGAAAUAUAGUGAGAGUGUUUAUGAAUGAAUUAAAUUUUGGGAUAUAUGUUUAAGAUUUUUAAUACAGUAAUAACAUGAUACAAUCAUUAAUAAAAAUAAAUGAUGUAAUCCGCAUAUCUCCAAAGAGUAGUUUAGAAUCAUGGAUAGGUGAGAAAGUAAAUGAAGGAAUUACUUAUUAUAAGAUUCUAAAAUGUGGUGAUGAAGCUAAUAAAAAUUAUUAAAUAUUUAAUAUAAUUUUAUUGACUAAUGAGAUUGCUCAUUUAAAAAUGAUUGUAAGAUUUGAGGAUGAAUUAUUUAAGGAAAUAUUAAUAACUUAAUUGAUAUAGAGAUAUUCAGAUUUUAAAGUGAUGUAUCCAUCAUCAAUUGUAAAAAAUUACUUAGCACUUGCUUAUAAAAAAGAAUCUACUCAAUAAUAUACAAUUUGUUUGUAUAGAUUAGAUAAAAUAAUUGAUAAUGAUGAAAAAAUUGGUAGUAUUUUAUAAUUUGGAGGAAUAGAAAUUUAAGAAUCUUUUAGUCAAUUCUUUUCUCUUCAUUAUGAUGACAAUGGCUAAUUAUUGCUUUAAUUAUAAUUAUCAAAUAAGAAUUUAUCAUUGUAUAAAGUAGAAGAAUAUGCCACAUUAACAUUUUUUGAAGAAGCUCGUGAAUAGUAAUUAGUUUUGAUUGCUCAUAAUUUAGUUUAAUCUAGUAAUAUGAUUGUAUAAUUAUACAAUAUUGAAUAAUCAUCUUCAAUAAAGUAUAAAAAUAUGUUAAAUAAUAGAUAUUGGACAUUGCUUAUAGUAUUACUUAUAGCAAUUGUGAUUUUGUGUUUAAUGUUUGUUGUAAUAUAUUGGAAGAAUAGAAAUAAGAAAUAGAGAUAGAAAUAGAGAUAAAGAAUGUAUCUUUAAUAAUAAUCAUUAAUACUAAAAUGA